CGUUUCGUCGUGGACUGUGUGUGGACUGUGUGUGGCAGCUACUCGCAAUACACUCGCCGCUCGUUGCCGUUGCCGUUCGUUUUCGUUGCGUGUGCAAGUUGCAGGCGAGCUCAACCCCCUUUAUCACGGAGGCCGCUGCUGCUGUUGCUGCUGCUGCCCUCACGCACUCGCUGCUGCCGUCGCCGUCGCCGUCGCUGUCGUUGUCGCGGUGCCACAUCCAACAGAUACUUUUGCGUAUGCUUUUGAAUUCGUUUUCAAUUCAGCCACGUCCUGUUACGGGUGCAGACGCGUUUGUUUCCGUUUUUUGCUGCUUCCGUCAAAACAGUGAGAAGAGAGCGCAAUCAAACAACAAUUUGAGCUACUUCAUAUACUACUACUACUACUACUACUACAACAACUUACCCUAAUUACGCGCUGGAUUAAAUUAUUAAAACACUAAAGCCGACGCGGAUUUAGAAUCAACAGCCGAUUCAACACCGACUGCCAAACACAAUAACAGCAACAACAACAGCAAUAAUAACAACUCAACAACACCGACUGAUUCUUUCGUGUGUGUGUGUGUGUACGUGUAUGUGUAUGUGUGCAUUUUAGUAGUGUGUGUGUGUGCUUCGUGUUCGUGUGAGAGAGGCCAUAAUAGCAAACGCGCGUUGGCAUCAAAGUCGCAUUAAAAACAUAUCCAUGAGUUACUUAAAAUUAAUCACUAACAUAAUCACUGUGAUUUUUAUUUGAGCUGCCUCUACUCUAUCUCUAUCGCCAUCUCGUUCGCUCACACGCGUGUGCAACAACAACAAUAACAAUAAUUAUAAUCAUAAUAACAACAAACAAGCGACGCAAAAUUGUGUUUAAACUAUCAAACGAAAAAUAGCUUUUGAUUAGCAAUCGAAAGACACGGAACGAAAAUCUCGGUUCUGCUUGCUAUCAAUAAAUUUCCCAACAAAGAUUCUCAAGAUUUAUUGCCGACGCAACCCACGCGACAUUUCUUCGUCUUGAUAAUCGCGCUAAACUUACAAAUGAAAUUCAAAUGAAAGCAAUUUGAUUUAUUGCCCAAGUGCACAACAUUUGCCCCACAUUAAGUGCUACCCACUCUAAAACCAAAAAACUAAAAAAAAACUUCAAUCAAACAAAACAGAACUGACCCCAAGUUAUCCAUCCAUCUAUACAGCUGCCGAACUGACGGCGCUAUCAAGUGGAUUAAUUUGAAUUUCUUUUCCCAAACUAGAGCAUCGCAGCGCGCUUCAGGGCAGCGCCAGCGAGCUCAGAGAACAGCCACAACUUGGAUCUGCUUUCGCCACAGUUGGAAGAUACCGGCCUCAAGACGACGACAUUCUUGCAACACUUUAAGGACGUCGUCACGACGAAGUUCAACGGCAGAGAUCACCAUUUGCCGCCACUGCAUCCCGCGCAUCCAGCGCAUCAGCAGUCCGCGCUGCAUCACCACCAUCAGCCGCACCAGGCUGUCGCCCAGAGUUUCUCCACCAUUUUUCCAACGUAUCUCGGCAUGGAUCGCGCCGCCGCCGGCGGUUGCGGUGCCGCUGGCGGGGGCCUCGGCGUGGUGACCAGUUCGGCCACCGCUCUCGGUCCCGGCGGCAUUCCCGGCGGUGGCGGAGGCGGCGGCGUUGGGGUCAGUGGUGCACUGAAUGGCCUCGAAGCCAUGUCCGCAGAGUCCACGGGCCUGUGUCUGCAGGAUUUGGUCAGUGCGAGCACAGCGAAUGGCGCCGGAUCGGCGGGUUCGGCGGAGAGUGCCACAACAACGAGCACAGCGCUGAGCAGCGGCAGCUCGACGGUGAAUGGUGGGGGGAGCAGCGCUUCGGGUGCGGAUCAUUUGCACAGCCAUCACAGCUUGCACGAUUCGAGCUCAUCGGUCAGCAUUUCACCCGCCAUCUCGAGCCUGAUGCCCAUCAGCAGUCUCAGUCAUUUGCAUCACACGGCCGCCGGUCAGGAUCUGGUUGGCAGCUAUCCACAGCAUCCGCAUCAUGCCGUCGUGCCGCCGCACACACCGAAGCACGAGCCGCUCGAGAAACUCAGAAUUUGGGCCGAAACCGGUGAUUUUCGUGAUAGUCAUAGCUCCAUGACCGCCGUAGCAAAUAGUUUGGAUAGCACACAUUUAAACAACUUUCAAACAUCGUCGACAUCCACCUUAUCGAAUCGAAGUCGAGAUCGCAAAGAUGGCAAUCGCAGUGUGAACGAGACCACAAUCAAAACGGAGAACAUAUCAAAUUCGGGCCACGAUGAGCCGAUGGCAAGCAGCGCCGAUGAGCCAAAGAACGAUAAGAAGAACAAGCGACAGCGACGACAACGCACACACUUCACCUCACAGCAGCUGCAGGAGCUGGAGCAUACGUUCAGUCGCAAUCGAUAUCCGGAUAUGUCCACCCGCGAGGAGAUCGCCAUGUGGACCAAUCUAACCGAGGCCCGCGUCAGGGUGUGGUUCAAGAACCGACGCGCAAAGUGGCGUAAACGUGAACGCAAUGCCAUGAAUGCGGCUGUGGCAGCUGCCGACUUCAAGUCCGGCUUUGGCACACAGUUCAUGCAACCCUUUGCCGAUGAUUCGCUGUACACAUCGUAUCCGUACAACAAUUGGACCAAGGUGCCAUCACCGCUGGGCACCAAACCCUUUCCGUGGCCAGUGAAUCCCCUCGGCUCGAUGGUGACCAGCAAUCAUCAUCAGAAUUCGGUGAAUUGUUUCAAUACGGGCGCCAGCAGUGUGGCGGUUAGCAUGAACAAUUCAAUGCUGCCGGGCACCAUGGGCUCAACGCUGACCAAUACGAAUGUGGGCGUGGGCGCUGCCCCCUGCCCGUAUACGACACCCGCCAAUCCGUAUAUGUAUCGCACGGCCGCUGAGCCAUGCAUGAGCAGCAGCAUGUCAUCGAGCAUUGCCACAUUGCGCUUGAAGGCCAAACAGCAUGCCACCGGGUUUAGCAGCCCAUAUUCGGCGCCAUCGCCUGUGUCGCGUUCCAAUUCAGCCGGACUGUCCGCUUGCCAGUACGGCGUCACAGAUGUUGUCUGAGAAAACGCACUCGGUGCUCUGCUCAAUCAGCACCAGCACCACUUGCAGCACUUCUCCGGCCAGCACAAUGGCAAUGCCGCCAUGCAGCAUCAUCAUCUGACCGGCAGCAGCAAUGGCAACAACAACAACAACAGUAACAACAACAACAUGUUGCAUCACAAUAAUAACAAUUCACUGCUGUUGGAUCAUCAUGGUGAUUUGGGUUUAGGCAACGGUGGAGCAGGCACCGACGAUGGAGGAGGCGGUGGUGGAGGCGGAGGUGGCACAGUGGGCAACAUCGAUGACAACAACAAAUCGCCGUUGGGCAGCAAUGGGUUAAUGUCAGCGGCUGCCGCUGCGGGUGGCGCCUCAAGUGGCAACGACAAUGGCGACGAUGUCGACGAAGAGAUCAUCGAUUGAGCGAUUGCUUAUUAAGUAAAAACACAAUAUAUAAAUAUAUAUAUUUAAAAACAAUUAAAAUAUUUAAAUCAACGUACUUAUAACAUAAAUAAUUAACAAAUUUGUUAUUGUAAAACUGCAUAAAUCAGUAAAAAAAAAAAACACCCAAAAAACAGAUGAAGAAAAAACCAAAAAAAAAUAGCAUUAAGCG